AUGGUGCAUAACAUGGACGAAGCACACAAAAGACCCAAGGGUAUCCUGAAGAACCCUAGCUCUCAGAACAUUCAAACAAUACCUGAAUCUUUUGCCCCGCGCGCUCCCUCUACAGAGCCCAUGGAUACGAAGGAGCUCACCCUGCAAAAUACCCUACAGAACGCUGGGCGCCGCCGCUCCUCAUCCACCACACACCCUGGGACCGCGUCACGACGCCAAUCGGUGGCUAGUGUCCAACAUGACGAGAAUUCGCCACGGUUGAAAUGGGACGAGGCAAAUCUUUACCUGACUGAACAGGAGAAAACCGCAAAGAUGAAGAUCGACGAACCCAAAACACCGUAUGCGCCACACUAUGAUCCAAGCCAGGACGAAGAAGAAAUGGAGCUUGCAGAAGCUGAAGACAGCUUAAUUGAUGCGCAAGGGGUGGUCGUGGACGAACUUGACAAGACGACCAAAAAUGCUCGGAAAACAGUCGCUGAAGAUGAGAUUCCCGAUCUCGAGCUAGGAGAGCCGGAGGGGUCGAUCCCUGACAGUGCUGGAGCCCAGGACGGCGAUCGUAUCGUACGCGCGCGGAGUCUAAGCAAUGAAUCGCACCGGAGCGACAAACAUGUGGUGAUGGGGACCAACGAGCCCAAUGGCGGGGCUGCCACAGAUGCGGACCACUUGUUGAGUCCCGAAGAGGCCCAGGAGAAGCAUCGCCAAUUUGAACAGCAGAGGAAGAAGCAUUACGAGAUGCGGAAUAUCAAAGAACUUCUUGCCCAUUCCGUAGAUCUAGAGGAAAUGGACGAGGAUGAAGAUGUAGGUGCGAGCAAGAACUCUACCCCUGCUGUUCCACCGCCGAUGCCCCAGAUUCCCCAAGAGUUCUUGAGGGGAGGAAAGUAG